GAUGGAAGCACGUCUGGAAAUUAAGUUGCAGCAGCCGAAUCCCCUUUUCACGCGAUGGCUGGAGCGUUGGCUACACGAAGCGGAGCAACGCAACCGCAAAUCGCAGCACAAGUUGCGACAGGCACUGCAAGCCCUGCGCAACUACCCGCUGCCAUUGUAUAGUGGCCGCGAAUGCGCCGUGCUGCGCGGCUUCGGCACAACGCUAUGUCAGCUGAUCGAUGAAGAACUGCGUCAGCAUAGGCUGCUGGCCAGCCAAGCCAAACUGAAUAUGAGCGCCACUGCGGCGUCCAGCAGCGCAGAGUAUCAGGAGCAGGUGCAACAGGUGGUCAAAGUGGUGCAGAGGAAACAAAAGCAACAGCAGCUGCAGAAGCCCAAAAAGUUGACCAAGAAAGCACAACAGGAGCUGGCAGCAGCCGAGGAACGGGAACGUGUCGUGCACAUGCCUGCGGGCAGCUAUCGUAUUGUGCUGCUAGUGGACACGCAGGAGACGAGCGGCAAGAAUAAGCGCAUCCUGGAUCAGACGCGCAGCUAUCUGCAAACGCUGAACGUGGAGCACGAGGUGCGGCGCCUAACUGUCGGUGACUUUCUGUGGAUAGCACGCGAUGCCGCCGGCAACGAGCUUGUGCUGCCCUACAUAGUGGAGCGCAAGCGCAUGGACGAUUUGGCGAGCAGCAUACGCGACGGUCGGUUCCACGAGCAGAAGCAUCGCCUGCACCAGUGCGGACUGCCGCACAUCAUCUAUCUGAUCGAGGACUACGGCGACAAUGAGCAGCUCGGCCUGCCCCUAGAGUCCUUGUUGCAGGCACUUGUCAACUCUCGCGUCCAAUCCGCUGACAUCCAGGUGGUGCGCUGCGACAAUCACUAUCGCUCCAUGUGCUAUCUGAGCGGCGUUGGCGCCGCCUUGCAGCAGCUCUAUGUGGACGCGGCCAAGACGCUGUACAGCGUGGACAAGCCGCAGCUGGCCAGAGCACAGGCCGACAGUUGUCGUGGCCAGGAGGGUCUGCUCAAGUUCCGUUCCCUCUACGAGGACUCGGCGCGCAAUGCCCAGCUGACGGUGCGCGAGGUAUUCGUCCAGCAGCUGCUGCAGCUGCACUCCCUCUCACUGGACCGUGCCCUGGCCAUUGUGGAGCGAUAUGCGACGCCGCGCCUGCUGCUGGAUGCAUAUGCGGCGUGCCAGAGCGAGACAGAAGCACGUCAACUGCUGGCGGGACUCUGCUGCGGUCCGCUGCAGCGGCCACUGGGCGAGAAGCUGAGCCAGUGCAUCCAUCAGUUCUACACAAACGAAUUCAAGGCCAGUUAGGUUUAGUAAUUGUAUUUAAAUUAUGACUUGGACUAGUUAUAAGGGGAGAACAAAAAGUGGAUGCCAAUCGAUCGAACGAUUUCAUUUAUAUAUUGCG